ACCAAGCUCUAUGUCGUUUAUUCGCACAAGGUUUGGCUUCAACAAUGACCAUGGUCAGACACGCAACUUCAAUGAUUUAUAUUCCUGUCAACCCACAUUCAAGGACACGUUCUUGUCCUACAGCGACACUGCCUUACUUGCAUCAAACCAAAAUGUCUGGAUACCAAUACACAGGCCAGGAGGUGAACUACCAGCUAGUCGCAGAUAUAGUACAGCUCCUUGAAGAGAACGGUAUACCAUGUCUCCUAAUUGGCGACUACAUGUUUGAAGCCAUGGGAGCGCCUGGGCUCCACGGCGUAAGUCAACUGCCUGACCUCAUCUAGACUCUUCACAACCGACUAACCAAGCCAAACAGAACAUCGAGCUCGUCCUUGAAAGCCAUGAUAUAAACAAAGCAAUCCGCAUCCUCCGCAAAGCCAACUUCCCCGAUGAGCAACCCAUGUACUACACCCAUCUGCUCUGUCCCUUUCCCCACAUGGGACAAAAGACCGGUUCAGCCCGCGAAACCCCCUUCAUCCCCUACCACUCAUUCCACCUAAACGGGAGUGUCUGGGGAGAAAUGGGCACGGAGUUCCACACCGAUCUUUGUCUAUACGAGAAGCGAUAUCUCUUCUGGGAUCUGCCUGAGCUCACUCUAGGAGAACUGUUCGAAGAUGACCCCCAUUUCAUCCUAGCCAGUGACCCCCGUCUCCCUCCCCAGAAGGACAAGCAGCAUUGGGGCCGGUUUCCUGAUACUCUGUACCCGGUCAAAAUCCCCAUGCCGGUGCGGUAUGUCGAGGCGAUGAUGCUUCUGACUGCCAGGGACUGGCAAAUCAAGGGACAUGGGUGGGCUUGGCGGGCUGAGAUAAUUUAUAUGUGGAAGCAUGUAAAAGGCCUGUUAAAGAAGUUCUUUGAGUUGGAGAGGUUCAAGCCGAUAUUUCGGUUCUGGUGGGCGGAUUUGGAGACUUCGGAGACAAUGCCCGGUGGGGAGGUGUUGUGUGUGCAUAAGCUGCGGGGGGCUUUGGUGGCGGCGGGUAUGAUGCCUGAGACGCCGUUUACUUGGUUGAAGACGUAUGAUUGAUCUCAGUAGUGAUUGCUUGUCGUAUAUAGUAUUUGGUGUAUGCAUAGUUUUGAUAUAUGAUUAAUCAGUAUUAAUGGGGUAAUCAGGUCUGACAUGCUAUGCCUCAAAUCAGUCUUUGAAGAACGUUACCUAUUGUUUCCCUGAUUAGGAUACAUUUAAUGCUUGAGAGUAGUGAGGUAGUAAAUGCCAGGACCGGAAAUUGGUCUCAAACUGUGGCGCAAUCGGUGGGUAGACAUGGGAGGGUUCAGCUGUAGUGGCGGACGUACAUUCCGCAAUGAUCCUGAUAUUCAAGUCUCGCCAGGCCGUCAUGAGGGCUUUACUAGUCUAUAUCCGGGAUAUACAUGGUCUCACACUUCUCAGUACGAAUUGCUCACGGACAUUGAGAAUUGAGAGUUGAGAUAGUUGGAAAGGCUGAUUUGGUGAUAACAUAGGGUUGAACAUAGCAAGACAGCAGAUUAGUAACUCAACCUUAAAUACGAACGGUAAUCAAA